ACGGCACCGGAUGGACAGACGAGAGGGGCGACCCGAAGCACGAGAGUACAGCAUAUGCAACCAGGGAGGACAAUAAUAAUCGCGCCGAGAGAAGGGGAAGCAGAGUGUGGUGUGGUGGCAGGAAGUCGGGGCUACAGUCACCCAUUAGGAGGGAGCAAACUCCCUUUCCUUGAUCAUAUAGAUAUGGGCAUUGUAGAUUAAUGAGCUGCCAAAACUGAGCCACUCGGGGACCGGAUACACCACUGGUGUCCUAAUCAUGGACGAUGAUGGGAGGAAAUCAAGUGGAAUGCGUAUUCGGUACACUGGGCAUGGCCUCGGCGAUGUGCUUAAUGAUAACAACGAUUCAACGACGCGUUGCCAACACCGAUCCAUCUGUUCAUGACCUCACACAUUGGGUGUAUGCGCAGAAACAGAUCGAUUCGCUCGGGAGACGUUUGGGGUGGCAUUACCUUGAUGCCCACCAAGGAAAGGUUUGUCCACAUCGACGUUGGAAGCAACGCUCGUGGAGGGUUGAGACGACUCUAUUCGUCAGGUGGUUGUGGUUGACAAUCAACAUGAGCAGCAUUCAGGCCGGGACAAACAUUGACACACAGGAAGUGGAACGCACUGCGAUGACUGGAGGCUUCCAGGCGGAACGGCGGAGGGGAGUGAGUGGGAAUGGAGACUUGGUGGUGACAAGGGAACGCCGAUCACUUAGGGGGUGCGACUCCACCCGACUCGAGGAGCCAGCAGCGCAUGACCAGGGUUUAGGCGGGUCGACCCCAGCAAUCCCCAGCGAGCCAAGGCCAACGUGGGCUGGCGCAAGCAGGCCACUCACCCGAAAGGCCACCCACCUGUUACUGUCAGCGUCAGCGAACCGGCUCUGGCCCUGAUGGCACGGCUUCCCUUGGAACGUCAGAUACCAGGUAACGAGCCAUCGAUGGAAAGCGAGACCGCAACCGGGGCACCAACAUAUCAAUGACCAACAAGA